UAUUCUCGUGGUCACCUGGUGGCGUCGCUGUUGAGGCGCGAAGACGUUACAAUAACAAGCUGCAAUGGCGGCGUCCUGCACGUGGAAAUCGUGUGAAGAAGCCGGGAAAGAAAAAGCUGUUAUCGUGAAGUUUUCCAACGGACAGGUAAAAAACACAGAUCAGCUGAACUUCCGUGUCUUCAAGCACUGUGACGAGGAAAACCCAAGAAAGAAAAGCAGGCGCAUCGUGGUCGGAGAAUCCGAUCGGCUGUCGUACGUCGGGAGCAACUUCGGCCCGGGCUCCUUACAGUGCAACACCAUGUGCAAUUAUUUCGUUGGCAUCUUGGACAAAACUACCAUGCAGAUGAAGGUGCAGAGUGCUCAGCUUUUCAACCUGCAGGCCGUCAUACCAGGCGAAACAGCAAAAAAUUCAGAGGAAAAUGAGAGCAAGACCUACAGAGAGAAGCUGGAUGAUCUCAUCGAGGCUUUCGGCACGACGAAGCAGAAGCGUGCGCUGAGCUCGAGACGGAUGAACGAGGUCGGCAAUGACACGCUGCAGAAAGCUGUGGCUCGCGCCGCCGGCAACGUCAUAGACCAGAAAGGACUGGAAGCCUUACAGCAGGAAGUUGCAGAUUCACAGGCUCUGUCUGAAUCCACGCUCUUCCUCCCUCCCUGCAACAAGGACGCAACUAAUCGCGAGGACGUUUACCCCUUUGAUGGCUUGCUGUCUCCGGUCGAGUUUAACCUGCUCCAGCAGCUUGGAGAGAAAAUGGCAGGACUUGCUUCUGAAGACCAGACGGACAAAGAAGACUCCUUACCCAAGACUGUGAAGGAGAUUUUGAAAAGCCUUCCCAAAGAGGGGGAAGCUCGAGACAGACAAGCGCGCUGUGCCUGGUACCUGGCUUUCCUCAUCAGACUUGCGCAAACGAAAAAACUGGACCGCAAGUUCGGCGAGAACGAAUGUCCACAGGUUAUCUUCAGGAAAGUACAGAGGAGCUUCACAGUGGAGAGCUUCGAUAAAGGAAGAUUGAGGAGUACAGUGACGGCUUCGACAGUCACCAAGAUCGCGUCCCACUGCCUCGCUCUGCUGCUUCAUAUCGGAGACGAGAAAGUCGACCUCACUCUCUUGCACAGAGACCUGUGUAUCAGCGAAACCAAGAUGCUGGAGGUGGCAAAGGCCAUGGGGCUCACGCUUUCCCGCCAGUCCAUCCACAGUUGGGAGGAGUCAGGGCUAAAGGAUGACCACAGGAUGGCCUCCCUGCAGCUCCCACUUGUACGAUGCGAACGCCGAUUGGAGAGACGAAAACGCAAGAAGAUGAAAUGAAUGGAAUGAAGCAGUUAUACAUUUCAUACAGCAGUUGGUUGUUAAGUCAAAAGCAGCACAAAAUUCAAUUGCUUUCGCUUACUAUUAAAGAAACAAACUUAUAAAAGAUGUCAGUUAACAAGAAGUUAAGUAUUUGUCUAUUAGCAAAAAAAUUAAGCACACAGUUCCUUCAUAUUACUGUAUGUAGUCUGAUGACUCUAUUCACGCUUCCGUUAAAUGUUCAGAAGGUUCCAUUCAAAUCUGUGUGUUGUGAAUUAAAAUGAGUUUUCGUGUAGAAAAACUAGAACAUUUCUCACACGCACCAGAAUAAAUCCCCGACAAGGCAGCUGCAACCUCAAUACACACACGCAGCUCAUUAGAACAAGAGCCAAAUGUCAUUAUAGAGCUCAUUUCCCGAAAGGACCACGGAGCAUCUGUUUCCAGGAAAGCGAUGACUUGACCAGAUUGAAUUAUUCAUUCCGUGUUGUUCUGUCUGUAUAUGCAAAUAUGAACGAUUAUUAUUGAUAGAAAAUGAUAUGGAAAGUGUGUUCAGGGUUGGGGUUCAGAUCGUUAUUACAGCUGUACGGUCUUCUACACUCA